CAACAAGUGCACUAUGAAUAAGAUUCGCACAACCACUAAGCCCAAUACCAUUCCCCUCUCGGAGCAGUCCACAACGACGCUAGUGUGACCAUUUUUGACGGCAGCAAUCGCUCUAUGGCCUCAAGAUCCGCCGUCAUCGCGUGGGGCUCAGGAGAAGAUGGGCAGUUAGGAUUAGGGGAUAACGAAGAGAAAGAACGGGUUUGCUCUAUCAAAGCACUCCAGAACGACAAGGUUUCCUCAGUUGUCGCCGGCAGCAGGAACUCUCUCGCCAUCUGUGAAAACGGCCAGUUGUUUACAUGGGGUUGGAAUCAAAGAGGGACCUUGGGGCACGCACCCACGUCUAAGACUGAGAAUAUUCCCAGUCAGGUUAAGGCCCUUGCUAAUGUCAAAAUUGUUCAGGCUGCUAUUGGUGGAUGGCAUUGUCUGGCCGUUGAUGACCAAGGCCGAGCUUAUGCUUGGGGUGGGAACGAGUAUGGGCAGUGUGGUGAAGAACCAGAGAGGAAAGAUGACACUGGGAAGCCUGUGAGGAGGGAUAUUGGAACUCCACAGCGAUGUGUGCCAAAGCUUUCUGUUCGUCAGGUAGCUGCAGGUGGCACUCAUUCGGUGGUUCUUACAAAGGAAGGGCAUGUAUGGACAUGGGGUCAACCGUGGCCUCCUGGGGACAUAAAGCAAAUAUCUACUCCCGUUCGAGUACAAGGCCUUGCAAGUGUAAGGCUAAUUGCAGUUGGAGCUUUUCACAACUUGGCUCUUCUUGAUGAUGGAGCUUUGAUGGCAUGGGGUAAUAAUGAGUAUGGACAACUAGGAACAGGGGAUACCCAGCCAAGAUCACAACCCAUCCCUGUUCAAGGACUGCUGGGUCUUUCACUGGUUGAUGUUGCUGCUGGAGGAUGGCAUUCUGCAGCAUUGACAGAAGAAGGGGAGGUUUACGGUUGGGGCAGAGGGGAGCAUGGAAGGCUCGGCUUUGGGGAUGAUAAGAGCAGUAAAAUGGUGCCACAAAAGGUUCAACUUCUAUCUGGGGAGAAUAUUGUACAGAUCUCGUGUGGAGGGACUCACUCUGUGGCAUUAACACGGGAUGGCCGCAUGUUUUCUUUCGGGCGAGGAGACCAUGGGCGACUAGGAUACGGGAGAAAGGUGACGACUGGUCAUCCUUCGGAAGUGCCCAUCAACAUUCCACCUCCAAAAGAUCUGAGCGACACUGAAGGGCGGUGGUGUGCUACACUCGUGGCAUGUGGGGGCCGCCAUACGCUGGCACUCGUAAACUGGCAAACACUCGAACCUGAACAGCCUCUGUGAAGUUAGGCUCGCUACUUUAUAGUAUUAGAACUCUGGUAGAUUUGGCUUUCCUGUAUAACUGCUAAUACUAUACUGUUUUUUUUUUGGACAUUGGUAUUAUAGUACAAAAAAUGAGCAGAGAGCUAUAUUAUUGUUAUAA